AUGGACUUCUCACUCGACAUCAAAGAGAAGGAGGUCGGCUCAGUCAAGCCGCCCAGCUUCCCCCAGCCCAAGUCCACAACCACCGGCUUCCCCGAGCACAAGAAGCGCACACGAGUAUCAGCCUUCAAGAAACAGCGCCAGGCCCCCGACGCCGGUGCCCCCGGCCCCCAGGAUGCCCCGACAGGGUCGACACGGCCGGCCCGCCCACAGGGCGCGGCGAGCACGGAGCAGGCCGCCAUCGACCGCGAGAACCGGGAGCUGCUGGCGUCCAUGUCGCCCGAGCAGAUAGCAGAGGAGCGCCAGGAGCUCCUGGGCCGCCUCGACCCGAGCAUCGUCCAGAUGCUCCUCAGGAGGGCCAACCUCGACGAGCCCGCCGCGCCCUCGCCGUUUGACGAACCCCCCACAGACGACGACGACAACCGCAAGGCCGCGAAACCCGAGGGCGCCCCAGCGAUCGCCGUAGACGACACGACUGCGCCUGCCCCCGCGCCCAAGGAGAAGACGGAGAAGCAGAUCAAGAAGACAGUCCACUUCGACGAGGACGCCCCGCCCCCAGAGCCACCAGCCGCCCUCCUCUUCGACCCGAGCUCCGAGCCUCCCCCACCGCCAUCGCGAACCACACCAGCAGGACCCGCCGACUCCCUGGCCGCGAACACGACGCACUUCCCCCACCCAAAGCCCCUCCCCGACCUCGACCCAUCCGACCCGGACUUCCUCGAGACGCUGCACUCAAAAUACUUCCCCAACCUGCCCGCCGACCCGACCCGGCUCGCCUGGAUGGCGCCGAUCCCGACCCCGGGUUCCGCCGCCGACCAGGAGUCCCCCUACUACCCGGGCCAGGCGACGCUGGCCGUCGACGCCCUGCGCUUCGACUUCAAGGGCCGCCUCCUGCCGCCCUCGGAGUCGCGCCGCAUCCCCGUCACCAAGGGCCUCCACCACCACGGCCUGGCCCCCGAGGCCGCCGGCUACACGGUCGGCGAGCUCGGGAUCCUGGCGCGCAGCGCCGUCCCCGCGCAGCGGUGCGUCGCCUUCCAGGCGCUGGGGAGGAUCCUGUUCCGGCUGGGGCUCGGGGAGUGGGGCGGCGGUGGCGGGGAUGCUGGUGCGGCGGACCUGGCAAGGGGCAUCUGGCGGACCUGCCAGGAGGCCAAGGUCGUCGAGAGCCUGCUCGAGGCCGCCGAGGUCCCCGAGGGCCAGGGCCACAGGGGCAGCAGGUCGUAUGCCAUCGAGGCGCUGUGGUUGUUCGAGAAGGGCGGGUGGAAGGAGAAGUUCCAGGGGAGGUGA